AUGGCAACGCGGAGGACGCAUACUAAGAUCACCGGUGCCCCGGACUACAAUGAUCCGGAAUUCUGGAAUCACCGGUUUGCGACCGGUCGAGAUGCCUGUGAAUGGCUCAAUUCGGGCGAAGCACUGAUUGAUAUCGUCUUGUCUAAUUUGGAGCACAAACCUGGUUUUGAAGGUUCAACUCCCCGCGUCUUGCAUUUGGGCCCAGGUAUCUCGCAACUCGGCGUGAGGUUACGAGAUGCCUGCCAUGAGCGCCAGUGGGCUGGAAAUGGCAUAGUUGUUGGUUCCCUCCCCCAUCCCAUCCUGUCAUCACAGCCGCUGCGAUGCUGUGGUGAACGUGGACGAACCUUCAAUUUCUUCGUACAGCCUUCUUGCUUACACUGUUUCUGCUCACAGAAUGCUGAUUUCUCCUUCGAAGCGGUCCGAUUGGGAAGAGAGGCCGAACGCAACCACCCCCCCGCCAAGGCCAUGCAUUGGCAUCAAACCGACCUGCUCUCGUGGGCGGACGUCGCUGCGCUUUCUUGCUUCGCCCCCUUCGAUGUGAUCCUUGACAAAAGCACCAGUGACGCAAUCGCUACUUUCGAUGACCAGACUUUCUCGGCAUCAGCCGAUCAUUCGCAGGUGUCUCCAGUUGUCCAAGAGAUUCUUUCCAGAGACGUCACGGUCGCAAUGUCCCCAGUCGAAUUACUUGCCUUACAUCUUGUGCCAUUGACACGUAAGGAAACAACCUGGAUUGCUUUAUCUUACUCUACCAUCCGAUUUGAUAAUCUCCCUCUCCUGGCAGAGUAUUGGACAUUGCGAUCUCGCACGGCUUUGAAAGCACCACCUGGUCUCGUAUCUUCCUCCGCUUAUGCCCCCGAGGUAUACCACUGGAUAUAUAUACUAGACCGAAAGUAA